CGCGAGAAGAUGAAACCCAAUCCGAUAAGCGUUAUGUGAAUGUGUUCCGCCAGGUAAAUCAAGGCAUCUGUGAUCAUUUCUGAGAGAACCUAAUUAGAAAUACUGUGAUGAAACAUGUGACAUCGUGAAGGCUAUACAUAUAGACAUUGGAUUUAGUGGAUUAACCAUGGGGAGAGUGGUCAGACAUUGGACAGGAAUAGUAAUCCUGUUGGCUUGGAUUAAUUGGGGAUACUGUGAUGAUCCAGUAUUAACUCCAGCAACCCUCACAGAUUCCGGGGGAAACACAGCCAAUGCUAACAGUUCUAUCAAAUGGGCUCCACUGCCUAGCUUUGAUUCAUACAAAACAGGGGAUAUCGAAUACGAUUCCUCAGGGCUGGCACCCCUCAACAAUUUUGCCAAGGCUUUUAUUAACGGGGCGGUGUUUCCUUUAGGAGUUCCAUGGGAUUUGAUGGAGAAAGCAAUUGAUGGGACUCUUAUGACUGACAUAACUGCAAACUACAUGAAUUAUCUGCAGCAGUUUGGAGGAUAUGGAGCCUGUAUCAUCAUCGGCUUCCUCUUCAUUUUCAUCUUCCCUCUGAUUGGACUGUGCUUCUGUUGCUGUCGAUGUUGCUGUAGCAACUGUGGAGGGAAAAUGAUGCAACACAAUGAAGAUGUUAAGGCUGACUGCAAAAGAAGAACAUUUGCCAUCAUUCUGUUUGUCCUGAUAGCAUUUACCGGGGCUGGAAUGAUAUGUGUGUACCUGUCUAAUGACCAGAUGUCUACUGCACUGAACAAUUUUGAUGACGUCGUCGUCUCCAACAUGGAUGAUCUGACCACCUACGCUUCAAAUGUUGUCAAGGAAACAAAGUAUAUUGUGAAUACCAACUUUAAUUUUACCACGUCUGUCAUAACAAGAGAUCUGGAUAAUCUAGGCUACGUUUUGGGUAUUCCCAUCAGAACAACACUGAAGACACAAGGCAAUUUGGACACAGCUAUAUCCUCAGCCAACAACCUGGUCACAAGGGUUACACAGAUAGCAGCAGCUCUGACGACCUUGAAUACGACCUUGGGAGAUGUGAAGGUGAAGGCUGAAAUAUUGAGUUCCAAUCUUACUACCCUAAAAACUGACAUAGACGCUGCAAUAACGGGUGCUGGGUGUCCUAGUGGCCCAAACUGUCCAGAUACCAGUGGGGUAGUCAUGGGAUUUGAUACAAAUGAUUUCCCAGACAUCAGUGGUCCAUUGUCCUCCAUAUCAUCUGUUGAAAAUCAGAACUUGUCAGCCAUAAUCAUUCAGGCCUCGUCUGAAAUUGAGAACAUUCCAGAGAGAGUAACAAAUGAGACAAGAACAACAGUGUCAGACUUGAAGACCAUGGUCUCUAAUUUUUCCGGUGAAAUCGACCCCCUAAUUGAGCAAGUAGAGAACAUUCAAGACUCCAUCUCGACAAACGGGUCCAUAGCUGACAUCAAGAAGCAGGUAAAGGAUAUGGUAGAUGUUGGAAGUACCUAUGAUAAGUACAGGUGGUAUGGUGGCGUGGGUCUGACCUCCAUUGUGCUGUUAGUGGUACUCCUACAGAUUCUGGGCCUGGGAUUUGGCACCUGUAGCCAGAACUCGAACACCCGGCCCACAGAGCGGGGAUGUGUGGGUACCUCGGCAGGGAAAAUGCUGAUGGCGUCUGUGGGCUUCGUGUUCAUCUUUUCCUCAUUGAUGUUGCUGACAACCUUCACAUUCAUGUUAGCAACCCCGCUACACCGGUUCAUUUGUGACCCCCUCACUGACUCUUCUCUCAGUGACCUUGACACGAUUGUGGACAAGAUAUACAAGUUCCAGUAUGGUACUUCGAACGGCUCCCUCCUUGGUAAAAUGCUCUUUAACAACGCUAGCAUUGACCUUAGGGUCAGCAAACUUCUGCAAGAUUGUCAGGGAGGAGCUGCUGCCUUUAAAGCUCUUAAACUGAAUAACUUGUUUGAUGUCAGCACUUUAACUAACUUCACAAAAGACUUAAACAUUCAGUCAGAGGUAGAUAAGAUAAACAUUGACCUCAGCACAGUCAAGAUCCUGACUCCGAGUCUACUGGACCAACUCAACGAAAUGAAGAACGCCAUCAACGUCAACUUUACCAAGUUCCGAGAGGAGUUGGGUAAAUCCACCACCGGACAGAACAUGUCUGCCCUCGCUGAUCAGCUGGACACUCUUGCAGGGUCGUGUUCUCCCGGUUGUAAUGCAGCCACACAGACAUCACUGCGGGACUUGGCCACCAGAACUCGCUCUAUUGAAAGCAACGAACUGGCCAAUCUGACAACUGCCUUGACACAGCUUGGGACUGAUUUGAACACUUUAGAGUCAACAGUCAAUGGAACUGAUACGGAUGUUGAUAACUGCAUCAACAACUUUAACAUCUCGGAAAUAUUUGUACAGAACAAUGGCUCUGAUGUUGUCAAAAAUGAGGCCAAAAAGUUUGCUGACCGAAUAAUUGGUAUUGUGACCUCAUUUGCUGAUGAUGCAUUGUAUGCUCUUGACAAUGAGAUUGGGAAGUGUACCCCCAUAUGGAACCUGUACAACACUCUGUUUGUGAUCUCCCUCUGUCAAUACACAGUGGAUUCCCUGAACGGUUUCUGGUUUUCCUUGGGAUGGUGCAUCUUUUUCUUCAUCCCCAGCAUUAUUUUCUCCACCAAGCUGGCUAAACAUUAUCGACGGAUGUCUCAACUGGACAAUGACUAUGAAGAUGAUAAAGAUGAGCUCCAGCUUCCAGAAGUUAGCAGUGAUAAGUAUCAUUUUCUGCACAACAAAGUGCAUCCAGAGGACAAGGAAUGGAACGGGUCUAAGUCACCAUUUGGCAGCAACAAGGUUGGACACUACGACCCGUCUUCUGCCCAAUCCAACCCCCCACCCUACAACACAGACUGGUGAGCAGCCCCUGCUCCCACCCUGACCAAGGCGUGGUCAAUAACGGGGGAACUCUAGUGUACAAAACACCUGCAAAACUAUAAAAUUAACAAUUACAAUGUAUUCCAGACAAUGUUUUACCUGGUUAGUUAUACAAUGUACCUUGUUUAAGUUUAUGGUUCACAUAUUUAUUGAUUUUAUGAUAUUAUAACUGAAUGUUUUCCAAAAUAUAUUUUAACAACAUUUUUUAAAGAAAAAAAGAAGUAUGCAGCUAAGACAAGUAGAAAAAUGUAAGAUAGACAAAGACUGCGUGAUACGAAAAGUGAAAGAGCAUGGCUGUCAUUUUUAAAAUACAUUGGAUUGGUGAUUUAACAACCAUAUCAAAAUGUUUUGACUGUGUGAUGAGAGUGUGUUUAAUAAUUGUUGGUUUUUAUUUUGUUUUUGGUAUAACAUUCCAUUAUUUUUAUAACCACGACUAGAUCACAAAUGUUGACUGACCCCGAAUCCUGUGGAGUAAAGCUGUGAUACCAUAUGUUGAGAUUAAUAGCUGUGUGUUAGCAUCUUAUACACUUAAAGGCUACCUGAUAUAACUCUAAGUCAGAAGAAAUCCAAAAUGCAUGUGAUCCUAUUUCUUUAUUUUUUUUUUAAAUUUUUGUUUGCUUUUUUAACAAUAAUUUUCCUCUGAAUUAUCUAAAAGAUUAAAUGUUAUCUUGCUCAUUAUAACAAAAUAUAAUUAACAUUUGUAUGCAGCAUUUUACCUACUGUAUCGAUGAAUUUUGCACUUGUAGAAAGUUAUGCCCCUUUGUCAUAGUCUCUCACAGUAUUUUUUAAAUCACCUGUGUGCUUUACAACCUGUUCUAUAUUGCCUUGCUAUUGAGAAAUGUAAUACAAACAGGUUAAGUUGGAUAAGUUAAGAUGAAACUUUGUGAUGUGCUCCAAUUGACAUUCUGCAAAGGGAAAUAACUUUUUUCAGUGUGAAAGUAGUGUGUAUGAAUGUUAGCCAUAUAUUUUGAUGUUAAAUGUUUUAUGAAAUAUCUAUCCGUCCUGUUACACAUUCAUUCCACAAACACACAUUUAAUUUAGCGUAAUUUUCUUUCCAAUUAUAUUAUGAUACACUUUUAUUCAAUGUCUACACAUUAGAUGUGUUUUCUUUCCAGAAGAGUUAUAUUUGAGUGAUAACAUGUUAAAUUGAUGUCAAUGAUAAAAGUCCCUGGAUAGCAUUUUACUGUUUGCUGUGAUAUUUAUACCUGUAUCACUUAUCCUGUCAUGCAUUUUUUUGCUUUGACAAAUUAAUGUCACUAUCAUGCUAAUUCAGAGGUCCAGAGUUUGAAUUUAAGGCGGCUGUGUGGUCAACAAAUUAACCAUAAGAUCAGCCUUAAACUUUUAAAUAUGAUAUUAUUGGACAUUAAUUAUUAUCUAGUAAAGAAAGAAUCCAAAAAAAAUUAAGCCUUAAAGUUUGAACAUUUUCCUAUAUCUUUAUACACAACUCUUUUUUAAAGGAGGUAGAUAUAGCUUAAAAAUGGUUACAACCACCCAGCACUCUUAACAGUCCAAAGCCAUGAUUAUUCCAAUGUCAGAUAAAAACGAAAACAUUUUUAAAGGAUGACUGCUGAAAACAUCAAACACGUUACAGGGUAAUUUAACACUUUGUUCUGAGGAUAUAUCAAGAAUUAGCCAUUAUGAUUUGUAGUGUUUUUAAGGAAAAUAACAAAGUGCUAAUACAUUACAAUUAGAAAUAACAAUGUGACUUGGGUUCUCUCGAAUUUUAGAAGGACUGUUCUGUUACUGCAUUUUUAUGCAAGUCUGACGAUUUUCAUUAUCUUGAAUCUGAUAUAUGAACAUGUGUUUAAACUCAGACCUCAAAAUUACCUGCAUAAUGAAAUUAUCAUACGAUUUAUGUGAUUUUUUGCUUAAGUGUGCAUAAUAUAAUUUUUUUGUGUAAUGUUUGUUUUGAAUUUGAAAUGAUUUUUUCAUAGAUACACAUGCAUACUCUAUGACUCAAUGACGUCAUCUUUCUCAGCUGACAUAUUAUAGAAAUCCAAAUUAGUGAUAAAAUUUAUAUGACAAUGACCGUCUACUAACUGACAAUGACCGUCUACUAACUGACAAUAUGUAGGGAGUUGUUUUGCGUUAAAACACACAGAUACAAACUUAAAGCACGGAAAGUAGUUAUAUUUUUAUUUAUUUUAAAAAGUACAACUUGUUUUUUAAGUUUUUAGAAAUUGUUUAUUUGUCUCUUUUUUUUAAGUCAACUCUUUUUUAAGUCAACUCUUUUUCUGUUAACAUGUUAUUGUUUAUCUGCUUCAUGAUGAAUUAUUUGCAAUAAAUUGUUAAUUAUG